UAGAGAGAGAACAGGAACCAUUUCAAAAAUUGAAAAAAAUUCAAAGCAUGAAACCAUCUCUCACAGACAACUAAAAACACAUGAAUUUUGGGAAUAUCCUUGUCUCCCUCUUCUUCUCUCUUCCAAAACAAAAUUGUCUGCAUUAAAAUAGAGAUGAAUCUUCUCUUCAUCAUACCCAUUUUCGGUUUUUGCUAUUUUGCACCAAUUCAUGCUUUAAUCACUCACCCUCCUCUGUCCCCCAUGGCUGACCCUGUUCUUCCCACUCAGAAAAAACCUCCUUUUUCUCAAAUACCCACUCAAAAUCAAGCUGUUUCUCCAGUUUGUUUGCAAUGCAUAGGGUCAUCUGAAAUCAGAGUGGUUCACCAUGAAGAUUUGAACAAGAGGAUUCUUGUGGCGCUCAUUGUUGCUUCAUCUCUUCUUGUUGCAAUUUUGAUUUUGUUAUCAUGUUUAUGGAUCUACCGGUUGAAAAGAUCAAAAAAAUCCAAUAUUGAAAAUGCCCAACAAAGCCAAGAUACCUCAAAAGGGUUGUCAUUGGGUCCAAUAUUGGACAAAUUCAACCCAUUGAGAAUGACCGGUAAAAAAGGCUCCGUAACUGUGAUCGAAUACGAAUGGCUAGUUUCCGCAACAAACAACUUUCACGAAGACAACGUGAUAGGCCAUGGCGCAUUCGGGAGCGUAUACAAAGCUUGUUUCAAUGAUCAUUUCCUUGCAGCCGUAAAAAGAAUCCAUGUUGCGGGACCCGAUGCUCAUAGGGCAUUUGAGAAUGAAAUAAGUUGUUUAAGCAGAAUUCAGCAUCAAAACAUUGUUAAUCUUUUGGGUUAUUGCAUACAUGGCGAUACGAGAUUUUUGGUCUAUGAAAUGAUGCCUAACGGUUCGUUAGAAUCUCAAUUGCAUGGCCCGUCUCAUGGAGCUAGUUUAAGUUGGCAGCAGCGAAUGAAAGUUGCACUCGAUAUUGCAAGAGGACUAGAGUAUCUUCAUGAGCGUUGCACACCGCCUGUGAUACAUAGAGAUCUCAAAUCAUCAAACAUUCUUCUAGGUUCCAAUUUCAACGCUAAGCUUUCUGAUUUUGGACUCGCUAUUACGGGUGGGAUUCAUGGAAAGAACAACAUAAAGCUUUCGGGAUCGUUAGGUUAUGUAGCUCCAGAGUACCUUUUGGAUGGUAAACUUACUGAUAAAAGCGAUGUGUACGCGUUUGGAGUCGUACUUUUGGAGCUUUUGAUAGGGAGAAAACCCGUGGAGAAGAUGUCACCAUCUCAAUGCCAAUCAAUCGUCACAUGGGCAAUGCCUCAGCUAACAGACAGAUCAAAGCUUCCUAACAUUGUUGAUCCUGUGAUUAGAGAUACAAUGGACUUGAAGCACUUGUAUCAAGUUGCUGCUGUAGCUGUACUAUGUGUACAACCGGAGCCAAGUUACCGACCGUUGAUUACAGACGUCUUGCAUUCGUUAAUCCCACUUGUACCGACCGAGCUUGGAGGGUCGUUACGAGUUACCGAAUCUUGAUUAACUCGUGUUUAAUGUGUAUAGAUUUUUGCUCUUAGGCUGCACUAUGUAUCUCUUCAAAACUAAGAAGUUUCAUAUAUGUCCAAAGUACCAAAUUUAAUGCACAAAAGUACAAUGUUAUUAAACCAUGUUUAGGAAUUUGGACAUGUAUGAAAAUUUCAAGUUUUGGAGGGAUAUAGAUGAAACCCCUUAGCACUUUAUUUGGUAGUGUUCUUGAACUAAAUUUAUUGUUUUUAUCAUGCAAUUGAUAAUUAAUUAAUUAAUUUUUUUUUUCGAA